AUGCCACGCUUCAAGACGAUUAUGGUGACAGGAGGUGCUGGUUAUAUUGGGAGUCAUUGUGUGGUAGAUUUACUUGAGGCAGGUUAUGAGGUCGUUGCUAUAGACAAUUUCGCUAACGCCGUCGGUGACGAAGAAGGUUCUCCAGCAUUACAAAGAGCUGAACAAAUAACUGGCAAGCAGAUCACCUUCUACAAAGCCGACCUGUUAGAUAAACAGCAAAUAAACAAUAUAUUUGAUAAGCAUCUAGUAGAUUGUGUUAUCCACUUUGCUGCCCUAAAGGCGGUUGGCGAAUCAAUGCAACAGCCCUUACUCUACUAUCAGAACAAUCUCUUAGGAAUGCUCAAUUUAUUAGAGGUUAUGCGUUCCCAUAAUUGCUAUCAAAUGGUGUUUUCAUCAUCAUGCACUGUAUACGGUGAGCCGGAACAGCUCCCUAUAACGGAAACACAUCACACUGGCAACAUUACCAACGUGUACGGCCGGACUAAAUACUUCAUAGAGGAAAUGCUUAAAGACCUCAGUGCGGCCGAUGAGAAAUGGAACAUAAUCUCUCUAAGGUAUUUCAAUCCCGUGGGCGCUCAUCCUUCCGGUCUCAUCGGUGAAGAUCCUACCAAAGAGUUCACUAAUCUAAUGCCUUUCAUGGCGCAAGUGGCACUUGGAAAGAAACCUGUGCUCACUAUUUUUGGAAAUGAUUACAAUACACCGGACGGAACUGGUAUUCGUGAUUACAUCCACGUUAUGGAUUUAGCAGGAGGCCAUGUGGCCGCUCUCAAUUUGUUAAGUGAAAAUCACGUUCGACUUAAGGUAUUUAAUCUUGGCACUGGUAAGGGAGUGUCAGUUAAAGAGCUGGUGAAUGUAUUCGAACGUGUUACCGGAACGAACAUUCCAGUAAAAUAUGUAUCGAGAAGGCUUGGAGAUAUAACGGCUAUGUGGGCGGACGCCACGCUCGCUAAAAACGAACUAGGAUGGACUACCAAGCGUACCGUUGAAGAGAUGUGUACAGAUUUUUGGAGAUGGCAAACCAUGAAUCCCGAUGGCUAUCCUAAGAAGAAUAAAACAACCGUCAUUGUAGUUAAUGGAAAAAGUUAA